AUGGACGAGAGAAGCGAAAACCAGCCUCCCAACAACGCCUCAAACACCCAUAGGCAUGACCAUGACAACAUCAGCAUACGGAGCAGCGAGUCCGAAAGUCCAGCAGGCAUCGGCCAUGUACCCCAGAAGAUCGGUGAAUCAGCAAUCAAUGGAUCAGCAACGAAGACCGAAGAGACGAUAAUGGGUGAUCCUGAGAAUAUGACCAGAGUGUCAAGCGGCCCAGCGUACAGCACUUUCUCAAAGAACACCAAGAGAUGGAUCUUAGCCAUGGUUACAGCUGCUAGCUUCAUCUCUCCCAUGACAGCCAACAUCUAUUUCCCAGCUCUGAAUCCCAUUUCCAAAGAUUUGGACAUAUCUGUUUCCAUGAUCAAUCUUACCUUGACAUCAUACAUGAUUUUUCAGGGGCUAUCUCCAACCAUCUUCGGUGACUUUGGUGAUAUGGCCGGGCGACGACCGGCUUACAUAGUGGCAUUCUCCAUUUAUAUAUGUGCCAACAUUGGGUUGGCUCUACAGCGAGACUUUGUUGCGCUGCUGAUUCUACGCUGUCUUCAAAGUGCGGGCAGCAGCGGGACACUGGCUCUUGGCUUCGCCGUGGUGGCGGAUAUCUCAUCAACAGCUGAGAGAGGCAAAUAUAUGGGCAUAGUUGGAGCGGGAAUCAACGUUGGUCCUGCUCUUGGACCUGUGCUGGGUGGUAUACUAAGCCAAUACCUCGGAUGGCCAGCUAUCUUCUGGUUUUGUGCCAUCUUCUCUGGUGUAUGGAUGGUCCCUUUUAUUCUCUCUGUCCCAGAGACGUGCCGCAAAGUUGUUGGUAACGGCUCUGUAGCGCCGCAGAAAUGGAAUAGAUCAAUGCUUGACCUCUACAGAAAUCGUGGGGAUACCACCGAUCAAAACAUCCCAAAGAGAGAGCUCAAGUUUCCGAACCCAUUGAAGACGCUGUACAUCGUCUUUGAGAAAGAGAUGGCCAUCAUCCUGUGUAUAAACGCCGUCAUUUACAUUGCCUUUAUUUUAACGGCAGCGACUCUGUCAACCCUCUUCAAGGACAUUUACGGAUACAACGAUCUCCAGGUCGGCCUCUGUUAUCUACCUUAUGGUUUUGGUUGUGCCAUGGCUGUUGUUGGACAAGGGUACGUGCUGGACUGGAACUAUCGCCGAAUUGCAAAGAAGAUUGGCUUCACCAUCGACCGAAAGCGUGGAGAUGAUCUGGGAAAGUUCCCAAUCGAGACUGCGCGGAUCCAGCCCGUAUACCCUAUUUUGCUCGCCGGUAUCGCAUCACUUAUUGGAUAUGGUUGGGCUCUACAAGCUGAGGCUUCCAUCGCUGUUCCGCUGGUUCUAGUCUUCCUGAUUGGCAUGUUCGUUCCAACCUCAUUCAGUGUUCUCAACACACUUAUUGUUGAUCUCAAUCCCAAUGCGCCAGCUACGGCAACUGCUGCCAACAAUCUUGUGCGAUGUAUGUUUGGAGCUGCAGCGACAGCAGCCAUUGAUCAUAUGAUUGAAGGUAUGGGUAGAGGUUGGUGCUUUGCCUUUCUUGCUUUACUUAAUUUGGCCAUGAUUCCAUUGAUGAGGCUGGUUGACAAGAGAGGUAUGCAUUGGAGGGCAGCAAAGGCAAAGCGGGAUGCAUUAAAAGCGACAUAA